CAUUGCUUUGCCAUGCCGCUGAAUAUGUCACGGUAGUUGGAGUCUCUUGCCUUGCUGUGCUCAAACUAUCUUUCUCUGGGCUGAUGACUUGCGGUGCAAGUGUCCCUCCCCAGAGUACAUACUUCCAGACAGCAGAUCCCAUCGUGCGGUCGGCGCACUCCGGGAAUACUGAACUUCUAAACAACGAGACCAGCCAACAUGUUCACAUUCACGCCCUUGCUGGGGGCUCAGUCUUCCUCGUCAAAAGCUUCCCAGUCGAUUCUGGAGCUUGAUGGUGGAAUCAAGAUCCUUGUCGACGUGGGCUGGGGCGAUACCUUUGAUCCGCUUGAUCUGCAGGAAUUAGAAAAGUGAGCGCCCUCUUCCACCUAUUUGUUUGUUGCGCCUGGCGUGUGAAGUUGCAAAGGUCUCUAAUGACUUUCUUUGAAAUAGACAUAUUCCGACCCUAUCCCUGAUCCUCUUAACACACGCGACUCCCGCACAUAUCGGUGCCUUUGCGCACUGCUGCAAGGCCUUUCCCCUUUUUACUCAGAUCCCCGUUUACGCUACUAGUCCUGUUAUCGCUCUCGGUCGCACACUGCUCCAGGACUUAUAUGCAUCAUCCCCACUAGCAGCUACGUUUCUACCGACAACCUCGGUCUCCGAGUCUGGGGCGCCCACUGCUGCGCCAGCGGUCGCCGAGGGAAACGGAACAACAGGCGCUGCGAGCCACUCCGGACGGAUUCUGCUACAGCCCCCGACCGCCGAAGAUAUUGCCCGAUAUUUCUCUUUCAUUCACCCGUUGAAAUACUCGCAGCCUCACGAACCGCUUGCCUCACCUUUCUCUCCGCCGCUGAACGGCCUGACGUUGACAGCCUACAAUGCUGGACAUACUGUGGGUGGAACGAUAUGGCAUGUGCAACAUGGCAUGGAGUCGAUUGUGUACGCAGUCGAUUGGAACCAGGCUCGAGAGAGCGUGGUGGCCGGUGCGGCAUGGUUCGGAGGAUCCGGGGCCAGCGGGGCGGAAGUCAUUGAACAGCUGCGCAAACCAACCGCUCUGGUCUGUAGCACGCGCGGUGGUGACAAGUUCGCACUCCCCGGGGGUCGCAAGAAGCGCGAUGAUCUCUUACUGGAUAUGGUUCGGAGUUCCCUUGCCAAAGGUGGGACCGUUCUAAUCCCGACCGAUACCAGCGCUCGUGUCCUGGAACUUGCUUAUGCGCUGGAGCACGCGUGGCGCGAUGCUGCGGCGAAUGAGCAAGGCGAUGCGCUGAAGGGCGCGGGGCUGUAUCUGGCUGGGAGAAAGGCUCACACCACGAUGCGCCUUGCGCGGAGUAUGAUAGAAUGGAUGGAUGAGAAUAUCGUGCGGGAGUUCGAAGCAGCUGAGGGUGUCGACGCCACGACCGGCCAGUCCCGGGGCGGGGCGGAUGGCCAACGUUCUGGCGGUCAGGCAAAUAGCAAGGGCGAAGAGAAAGGAAUCGCUCCGUUCACAUUCAAGCAUCUGAAGAUUGUGGAGCGAAGGAAGCGGCUGGAGAAGAUCCUGAGUGAUCCUACGCCCAAAGUCGUUCUUGCGUCAGACACAUCCCUCGACUGGGGUUUCGCAAAGGAGUCUCUUCGGUUGGUGGCGGAGGGCCCUAACAACCUCUUGCUGUUGACGGAAUCGCUUCACAAGGAGCGACUUCCCGUGGAACAGGACGAGACCCGACGGAAGACACUGGGAAGUAUGAUCUGGGAAUGGUACGAAGAAAGAAAAGACGGAGUUGCGCUGGAGAAGGCGUCUGAUGGGGAGACAAUCGAGCAGAUUCACAGUGGCGGACGAGAGCUAGCCUGGACCGACGUCCAGCGAGCGCCUCUAGACGCCGGAGAGCAGCUUGUUUAUCAACAGUAUCUUGCCACGCAACGACAACUCCAAGACACAUCUCAGGCUCGAGGCCAAGAAGCCCUGGACACUGCAGCGGAUGCGCUGGAUGACCGGUCCAGUUCGUCAUCAGAGGAUUCCGAAGAGGAGCAACAGGGACGAGUCUUAAAUUUCUCGACUUCUCUGGCACACGUUAACCGCAACAAGCUUGGACUUAGCGACGAAGACCUUGGUAUCAACGUUCUGCUGCGGCGGAAGAAUGUGUUCGACUACGACGUUCGGGGCAAGAAGGGUCGCGAGCGAAUGUUCCCGUACGUCGCACCGCGCAAGAAGGGCGACGAGUACGGAGAGUUCAUUCGACCGGAGGAAUAUCUGCGUGCCGAAGAACGUGAGGAGGCCGACAUGCAACAACGGCAUUCAGAUUCCCAGACCAAACUUGGUCAAAAGCGACGAUGGGACGAGACCGGACCCAAUGGAGGCCCCAAGCGGGCGCACAUGGCUGAUGGCGCUCAGCGGAGAGGCACAAGCGCGGCCGACGGCAGCAGUGUCACGGACGAAGAAGAUUCAGACAAGGAGGACGCCGAUGCUGCGGCCGAGCCUGAUGCCGCCGACGAGCAAGCCUUUGAAGGUCCUGCAAAGGCGGUCUAUGAGAAGAGCUCGCUCACGAUCAACGCGCGUCUGGCGUAUGUGGAUUUCACCGGUCUGCAUGACAAGCGAAGCUUAGAGAUGCUCAUCCCGCUGAUCCAGCCGCGCAAGCUGAUCCUGGUGGGCGGUAUGAAAGAAGAGACCACCGCGCUGGCGACGGAAUGCAAGAAACUUCUCGUCGCGAAGGCGGGCAUGGACGUGUCUCAUGAGGAUCUGGCUGUCAUCUUCACUCCUGCCAAUGGCGAGGUCAUCGAUGCCAGCGUUGACACCAACGCCUGGAUGGUCAAAUUGAGCAACAGUCUUGUUCGCCGACUGAAAUGGCAGCACGUCCGUAGCCUGGGGGUCGUGACACUCACGGGACAAUUGCGAGCACCAGAGCGGAGCGCAGAGGAUGCGACAGACUCGCCCCAUAAGAAGCAAAAACUCCUAGCCGGGGACGCUGAACCCGAGACCGUACCGCCGGCAGCGGACGAGGCCAAACCCCCAACGACGACGACAGACAAGACAGACGUCUACCCAAUGCUGGACACUCUCCCGGCCAACAUGGCCGCAGGAACUCGGUCCAUGACGCGCCCCCUGCACGUCGGCGAUCUGCGACUUGCGGACCUGCGCAAGCUCAUGCAGGGCUCCGGCCACAAGGCGGAAUUCCGCGGCGAGGGAACCCUCCUGAUCGACGGGAUGGUUGCGGUACGUAAAUCCGGCACGGGGAGGAUCGAGAUCGAAGCAGCCGCCCAGUUAGCCACGGCGGGGACUCUACGCGGCGGCGCAGGCAGUUUCCUUGCCGUUAAACGAAAGAUCUACGAGGGUCUUGCGGUGGUUGCGGGAAGCUAAGCAUUUGUUUGGGUCUGGGGGUUGGACUUGGAUCGAGAU